AUCGCUAGAAGCCACAGUGGAGCGUGCUGGAUGUCUUCAGAGGGCACGAGAGGAAGAGGAAGAGGACCGAGAGCCUGAGGGACUCCGCAGAUCUUCUCCAGGAUCGACCCGAUCUGCAUCGUUCAUGGCGACCAUCGUGAUGGAGCGAAUCGGGCGGCUGUUCAUCAGCCUGCAGCAGAUCCGGCAGGUCCCGCGGAUGCUGACGGAGGCGGCGCCCUCCAUGCCCGGCACCGUCAGAGACACCGAGGUGCCCUGCUACUUCAGGGAGCGCUACGUCCACGCCGGCUACCGGCCUCUGGAGCAAAACUGGCGCUACUACUUCCUGUCCCUGUUCCAGCGCCACAACGAGACCAUCAACGUCUGGACGCACCUGCUAGCCUUUUUGGUGUUUCUGGCCAAACUGCGUGAACUUGCCGAGACCGUCGACUUUCUUAACGACCGCCACUCGUGGCCCCUGCUCAUCCUCGUCGUCUCCUCGCUGAUCUACUCGGCCUGCAGCGUGGUUGCUCACCUGCUGGGAGGUAAAUCCGAGCUGUACCACUACUGCUUCUUCUUCCUGGACUACGUCGGGGUGGCUCAGUACCAGUACGGCAGCGCCGUGGUCCACUUCUACUACGCCGUGGACGAAACCAUGCACGGGUACGUCCGCGGAGCCUUCAUGCCCGUCGCCACGCUGCUCAGCUGUCUUUCGUGUUUCGGGUGCUGCUACGGGAAGUACCGCUGCCACAGCCUGCCCACCACGGUGCGCAAAGUCUUCCAGGUGGUGCCCUCGGCGCUCGCCUACAUCUGGGACAGCAGCACCGUGGCAAAGAGACUCCUCUUCUGGUCCGGCGACGACCCGGCCAUCGCCUACCACUUCGGCCAGGUGGCGUUCUUCCUCAGCUGCGCCUUCUUCUUCACCUUCCCCGUGCUGGAGCGCUGCUUCCCCGGCCGCUGCGACUUCCUGGGGCACAGUCACCAGAUCUUCCACGUUCUGCUGUCCUGCUGCACCCUGUGCCAGAUCCACGCCUCCCACCUGGACUUCGUGACCCGCAGGGGGCUGUACUCCCGCCUGCACGGGAGCGGCGAGCCGGCGUUGUUCGCGGGACUGUACGCGGUCACGCUGGUUGUGUGUGCACUUAUCGCAGCCUUCGUAUUGAGGAAAGUCAAACAGAUGCUUGACUUAACGGCUAAGUCUAAGUAAUCAGACGGCGAAUGGCGAAGCCUCCACGUGCCUUGUAUUCUAAGCACUGCUUUGAUUACAGACGAUACAACUGUGUUGUCAGCUUUAAUACACUCCAGCUUCCUUUAAUCUUCCUGUAACCCUUAAUUCAAUUGGUGCAAUAUCAGGAUUUCAUUAGUCUGUUUGUACUAAUUCACAAGAUGAGCAUUUCUAAUGAAUUCUAGAAUGCAACACAUUGGUAUCACUGCUUAUUCUUAUAGUUAUAGUGCAAAAUGCUGUCUGUCAAACGAAAUGUUAACUUAUAGAAUUAUUAUGUGACAUAGUCAACAUUUAAAUAUGGGAAAUAUUUAUUUUAUUUUUUUGUAUUUUGUCAGUUUUAAUCUGAUAUAGAUACCGUGUUUUACACGAUGGUCUCUACAAGAUAUAAUAGAUAUAAUUAGUUGAUUUACUUCAUUGAUAUAAUUCGUUGAUUUUAUUUGUAGGAGUAGUUUAAAUGCAUUAAGAAAUUACUUGUUUCAUUACUUUUGAAAAGUGUGAACUUUUUUAAUUUCCAUCUUUCACUGCCACUUUGUGGAUUUGGUGGCAGUAUUCGCCAUCACGCUGUAUCCUGUUGGACGGUUUUGCCUCUUAAUACCUUUAUAUUGACUGAAUCAAGCCAUGGAUCGCAAAAAGAUCAUCUUAUUAAUGUCACUACCCCAUAAAGCGUAACUGUUUUAUGUUUUUACGUCUGGUUGUAGCCGAAAGCUUAACUAACCCAUUAAUGUGAGAACAGACUCAUCACACCAUCUUGUGGUAGAAAGUGGUAUUACAAGUUGUUUGUCACAUGUUUCUAACAUUCAUUCUGUAGUAUUUUUUUGUGUGUGUUUGUGAUAUAUUGCCUUAUCUUUGAAAAGCCAUUGUUUUACACUGGUUGAGAUUAUUUUUUGUGCAGAUUCUUUGGUAAAAAAUGUGCACGUAGGUGAUAAAUCUUUGAAGACAGUGCAUCUGUUUAUUGCCGGUCUGAGAUUUUAACCUUUAAAUAUUUGCUUUUUUGUCACAACAAUUUGUAUAUUGCAGAUACAGAGUAUUUAGCUAGGGUUUUACUGUAGUUCAGUUACAGUUACAUUUUGUGUCAUCGCUUAUUUUACGUGUUAUGUCCUGCUGAAAAUCCUUUUUUUUUAAUCCUAUCAAACAGCACAAAGUGUCACUAAUGGCCAAUAUGUGAACCAAGUGGAAUUUAAUGCCUUUAUAGCAGAAUCUGUUUUAAUUAUGUGUGAACACUUUGAGUAAAUAAUUCAAUAAAGUGUCUCAUCCAGACU